AUGCUGAAGCGCUCGAAAACGGCUAAUUCGGCACGCGCCCCGCUGCGAGCGGCAAAGGUAACAGGCACUAUAAUAUUUUCCUGCCCUCCGCAGCCGCUACAGGACUGGUCCGCUCGUAAUGCACACACCAAGGCCACGAACGGGCCAUUUCACCGCAGCAACAGUAGACUCAACCAGCUUCACAAGAACGUCCUCUGGUCCACCAGGGGAAACUUUCUCUCCAUCCCAGCCGACUAUCCCCAGCGCUAUCACAUCACACGGAUCAUAGCCCAGAUCGCGGGCGUCAUCGGUGAAAUAACGACGAGAAGCGGUACCCAGCUGACGCAGAGGUUGGGCAAGGCGUUAAGGGUUAAAUACAUCACGCUCUCCGGCCUGGUCGUAGCCGAUAGCCAGACAUCCCUCGCCAUCGCUUUUGCAUUCUCUCUGCACACCCCCGAAGACAAAGCAGGGCGAGACCUGGCAGGGCCCGACUAG